UUUGAAAGAAACGAUCUUGCGUGAUGUCACAUCUCCAUCCGGGAGUUUUGUCGCAGAUACUAGUGCGCAGGCGCGGUGCUUCCGGUGUUUCGACCUCUGCUUUCGACAGUCCCCGGCUGCUGGAAUCCUAACAGGAUUAAUAACUCAAAACUUUAUAUUUCACAAUGUACGCCUGUGCAAAAUUCGUCUCCACGCCUGCCCUGGUCCGCUCUGGAUCCCGGGCUUUGUACAGACCCGUCUCUGCUGCUAUACUGUCCAGACCAGAGGUCAAAACAGAGGCUCCUGCUGCUCUACUGCCCCAGUCUCCCCUCACCCAGAUGUGUCUGCGAAGCUUUCAGACCAGCGCAGUGAGCCGCGACAUUGACACUGCUGCCAAGUUUAUUGGAGCUGGAGCUGCCACGGUUGGAGUGGCUGGAUCCGGUGCUGGAAUUGGAACUGUCUUUGGCAGUCUGAUUAUUGGAUAUGCCAGGAAUCCCUCUCUGAAGCAGCAGCUCUUCUCCUAUGCUAUUCUGGGAUUCGCUUUGUCUGAAGCCAUGGGUCUCUUCUGUUUGAUGGUUGCUUUCCUCAUCCUGUUUGCCAUGUAAAAAACGUCCUGCAAAUGGAAAAAUACGCUGUUCAAUUGUGAAUUGACAGUUGCUACCAAAAGUGUCCGCUCUUAAUUGUUCGAAUAGAAAAAAAAUGCUCAUUUUCAAUGUCCACUCUGUCAAAAGAAUAAUGUAUUAUAAAGCAAUUACAAAAUUAAAAUGUGUAUUUGAACUGUUAAAAAGACAACUGUAAUUUUUUUGUAUUAUGGAAAUGUUUUGUCACCUUCUUUGAACAACGGUGCUCAUGAAAAUGCCCUUGUUGGGGAUUCAUCUCAAAACCUCAGUAGUUUAAUAGCACUUUCUGUAACAACACAAAUGGAGAAGUGUACUAGUUUUGGAUCCACUCAUUUCUAGGACUCAGUCCUGGUGGAUGGAGAAAGGAAUGUAGGAUGAAACUGGUUCAAAGCCAGUAAACAUUUGCUUUUGUAAAUUGCGUUAAAUAAAUAUCCUUCUGUUUA